CCCCUUCUCUGACAACGAGACGUAGCGCUACCAUUAUGUAAAAGUUCGUCUGCACAAAUAGCACAACUCAACUCAAAAAAGCCCACUGCCCCCAACAAUAUCUCCAUCUUCGCAUGCAAACAAAUCUCUCUCUCUCUCUCUCUCUCCGUAUAUACAUUAUAUAUGUGUGUGUAUUAUCUGUCUCUCUAAAAUGGUUAGCAGAUAUGGGAACAGCUUCAUGGAUAAGCUGCAAAGAGGGGUUUUAAGAAAUGAAAAUAGAUGGAAAUACAGGAAGACAGUUCACAGGAGGACCAAAGAAAACUUAAAUUUAUGAUAGAAUGUAGACAUGUCCAGAGGGUGGGGCCAACGGUGUUCGGAGAGUGAGAGGCGGGUGGCCGGAGGAUGGGGCCGACGGUGUCGUGAAAGGGAGACGCAGAUGGUGGCGACGGUGUCUGCGAGAGGGAGAGCGAGAGAGUCAGUCGUGUCUGAUACAUGUCUGAUACAGAGGGGGAGAGAGAGAGAAAGAGAGACGGUUUUGGAUCAUUUAUCACAGUGGUCUUUUUAUCGCCCCUAUAAACCAAUCUGUAAAUGUCUUUCUUACAAAUAGCACAACUCGGAGCACUAUAAGUUGCAGAACUUUCAUCCCUUGCGAUGCACAAAACCCGAAAACAAGAUGAAGACUACCACAACUUCAUUGCUUCCGUUUGUUCUUGUUCUUUUGUUUUGGAGUCCAUUAUCAGCUUCAGUAGGUAGUGUUGAAGAUUUUCUUCAAUGCCUUCCCCUUCAAUUUCAUAACUCAAUCUUACAGGUAACUUACACCCCGAAAGACUCUUCUUUUCUAACUGUGUUGCAGUCCUCCAUUCAGAACUUGAGAUUUGCAUCUCCCUCCACGCCCAAACCUCUGGCCAUUGUUACACCUGUAGAGGAAUCCCAAAUCCAGGCAACCGUCUACUGUGCAAAACAGCAUGGCUUGCAGAUCAGAGUUCGAAGUGGCGGGCACGACUUUGAGGGUCUUUCGUAUGUUUCUAAGGUCCCUUUUGUCAUUCUGGACCUGGUAAACCUUCGAUCGAUCAGUGUUGAUGUUGAAAACAAAACUGCUUGGGUUCAAACUGGGGCGACUGUUGGAGAACUGUAUUAUGGAAUUGCCGAGAAGAGUAAAACUCUAGGCUUUCCUGCUGGAAUUUGUCCUUCGGUUGGUGUUGGUGGACACUUCAGUGGGGGAGGGUAUGGCCCGCUACUCCGCAAAUACGGCUUUGCUGCUGAUAAUAUUGUCGACGCUCUGAUAAUGGACGAUUCAAGCAACAUCCGCGAUCGAACAUCCAUGGGGGAAGACCUAUUCUGGGCUAUCAGAGGAGGUGGAGGGGCUAGCUUUGGAAUCGUUCUAGCAUGGAAAAUAAAGUUGGUCGAUGUCCCCCCAACUGCAACUGUUUUCACAGUUUACCGAACCUUAGAACAAAAUGCAACGAAACUUGUACAUAAGUGGCAGUACGUUGCGCACAAGUUCCCUGACGAACUUUUCAUCGAGAUUGAACUCGUGGCAAACUCUAGCGAGAACGGGAAGAGAACAAUAAGAGCUUCGUUCAACUGCUUGUUCCUGGGCAGAGCUGAUAAACUCAUCAAGAUGAUGCAAGAAAAAUUCCCAGAAUUGGGUGUGACUAAACAAGACUGCAGCGAAAUGAACUGGAUUGAAUCCGCACUGUACUUUGCGGCCUUUGGCGGCUAUCCUGACGGACCCCUUGAGGUUUUGCUGAAUAGGACGUACACGGAUAGAGACCAUUUCAAAGCAAAAUCAGAUUAUGUGCAAAAACCCAUCUCGGUGAAAGGAUUGGAAGGGAUAUGGGAAAGGUUUCAUGAAGAAGAUGUUAACACGGGUGUGGUGAUGUUUUUGGUCCCAUAUGGUGGCAAAAUGGAACGGGUUUCAGAAAAAGCAAUCCCUUUUCCACAUAGAGCGGGGAACAUAUACAAAAUCGUGUACUUUGUUGGGUGGGAUGAAGAAGGAAGAGCAGCAUCCGAGAGGCAUGUGAAUUGGAUCAGAAGGCUCUACAGUUACAUGACUCCUUUUGUUUCCAAGUCUCCCAGAGCUGCGUAUAUCAAUUACAGAGAUCUCGACAUCGGAAUGAACAGCGAAGGAAACACGAGCUACGCACGGGCAAGUGUCUGGGGCCUUAAAUAUUUCAAGGGAAACUUCAAGAGACUGGUGCAAGUGAAGACCAAGGUUGAUCCAAGCAAUUUCUUCAGAAAUGAACAGAGCAUUCCCCCCAUCACGUCUUAAAAGUUUUCGGGCUGCUGUAACUUAAUCGUAUCCAUCUCUUGCUCAGGGCUGCUGUAUGACAUUUUCUGAUCUAUCAUCCGCCAGUAAGGAUAUUGUGUUUGUCUCCUAAAGUUUGAAGUUAGUCUUGGACAACUGCUAUUCAAGGUGUUGCAAAUAAUAUAUGGGUUCCUUGCCUGCCU